AAAGUUGUCCCAUAAUUCUCCGCCUCAGAACAUUAAGGUAGAUUAGUGUGAUUCUUGUUUAAAUUAUGCAAAUUAAAGCGUUAAGCUUGUCGAGAUGUGGGUUCUCCUGAUAUGGAUAGUAGUGGAUUAAUUAUUUAAAUUUGUCAUGGAUAUACUUCUCCUGUCGUCGCCAGCACUAGCUGAGGGUCGUAGCUGUGGAAUAGUGUGUAUCUCUCAACACCCGGCGCGUUCGUUGCGGGGUGGUGGGUGGUGUGUGGCAGCGGAGAUUAUAUUUCCAUAUCACUUUGGAAUAUUAUUGCCAUCCGAUGUUUGCACAAUCAGGAACGGCUUCUGCAUGAGCAAAAGCGUAGGCAUAUCCCACAGCACAGUGUCAUCAAACUCGCAGCCAGCCAACUAGAGCGCGUAAAAUUGUCCGCCAAGUGGAAGAAAUUGGAUUUCACCAAAUAAGCACACACAGUCCCAUCCGAGAACCAACGACCAGAGUCAGUAGGCGUUCCUAGAUCUCUCCCGCAAUAGCGACAGAAAAAAAAACAGGAACGUGGUGAAAAAGAGCUCAAGUGAGAAAAUGAUGCCCCAAUCGACGAGCAGCUCCAGCUCGAUGGGGAAAAUAUGUAAAAUUGAAAUCGGAAAAUGUUUGCUUUUCGUCACGCUGCUAACGAGUGUUUGCUUUCGAGCCAUCCGGACCGACGAAGGCUCCCCGGACGCCCAUCACCAGCAGCAGCAUCCACCUCCAACAAAUGAACCCGAAACAAGCACUGGCUGUCCACCACCGGAUUUCAAAGUAUCCCGUCCCCGGAAGCAUUACGCCACCACCGAGUCGCCGUAUGUCACCUUCGAAACGACCCAGAUUUAUCUGCCCCAAGAUUUCACCACGGCCGAUUUCGAGUUUGUCGAUGGUGGUGGAAAGUCCGCCUCCCUGGUGGGAUCCGGUUUGGGUAGUCAAAAUGCCCAGCUGCACGAUUCACACGACACACCCUUCUGGUGGGAGAUGGGCAUCCAGAAUGCCGAGACGAGGGAAUCGCUGGCCGCUGCAUCAUUCCCCUCGUACAGGGGAAGGGCAAAGCGUGGACUGCGGCGCAGUCAUCGGUUCCGUCGGUCCCCGGUGGGUCAGGACGGGCCGGAUAAUGCGUUGCACCAGGAGUUGACGCCGGUGAUUGUUAUAAAUAAUAUUUUUAACGAGAAUGACAGCGAUCACAGCGUGUUUGAUAAUGUGUUUUUGAACGGUAACCAGCUGGAUGAGGAGGGUGACGAGGAUAAGGAUCGGUACGUAGAUAAGAAUGAGAUCGGGGAGGUUUUGGAGGCGCAGGUGGAAGAUGGGCAAGGGUCGUCAAGAGCGAGAGUGAAGAGAAAGUCUGGCAAGACAACGGGUGCGCUGAGCAGAGCGAAGGGCAGCGGGGGUGAUAGCGGAGGAAGUAAAAGCAUCACCAGACACAAUAAACAAGAUAUCUUGGACAUGGAACAAGAUGACCGCAAAUUGCGCGAGGGCGCCGAUUCGUACCAGGAGGAUCUCAUGGUACGGACGAAGCGUAAAUCUGGUAAGGCAACCGGUGCUCUUAGCCGUCCGAAAGGCGGUAGUGAUAGUGGCAGUAAAAGUAUCAGUCGAAAUGCAAACAAAGGACAAUACGACGAAGAUGGGAGUUUCGUGCCACCACUACCCGAUUCCCGUGAAAGUCCGGACGAGGAAAAGGAGAGCGAAGAGAUUGAGGAGAGUCCAGAGCUGCAUCAGUUCCGAGAGGUCUCAGAAGUACGUUUCCCCGGUGAAGUUGGACCACUCGGUGGUCAUCGGUUGUGUAAAAUUCAAUGCAUCAGAGGUCAUUGGAUAGGUCCUCUGUGUGCAAUGAACGAACACGAGCAGGACGAGAAUGGCGACUUGAAGUUUGAGCCGUUGUACAAGCGAUGUGUGGUAGAUCAUAUCCCACCAUCUCUGCUUCUGAGCUAUAAAAAUGUCUCUGUGACCCUUGGAUGGGAUCUACCUCACGGUCAUACGCUUCAAGCGAGAUGUCGAGAUUUGGGACUGUAUAAGCUUUUGGGAGAAGCCAAAGUACUUUGUUCCAACGGUAUGUGGGCUCCAAAGAUGCCAUCCUGUGUACCAACGACACUUUUGACGAAUUAUUCCGAUGAUAGCCCACCUUCAAUACGAAUCAAAGUGGGAGUUGGAUCGGCAGCCUACGAACCGUCCGGAGUGCUAGCAGUGCUCCCAACAAGCACCAUUCAUUUGGACUGUAUGUACCCGCGGAGGCGCGGCUCCCCAGAAUGGACCUGGACUGGCUGGUUCCGGCAGUACUUAACGGAUCUGCCCGACAUGGACACUACUGUUAACCAAUUCAACCCAAUUCCUGAUUUUUUCAAUGUAGGUUGGUCAGCGGUUCCAGAGGAGAAGGCUUCCCGAUACCGGCUCACGAUUAAGGAUAUUCAAAAUCAGGACUCGGGCACGUACACCUGUGCAUCACCGCGUGGGCUCACCAACAGUAUUGUGAUCGUGGUAGCAGUGUCCCAAUGUUCCGCACUUUUGGAACCAAAGCCUCCCCUGUCGCUGCGUCUGGAGGGGAUUAAACUUGGACAAAGGGCUCUGUAUAGAUGUCCCCUUGGAUAUUCGCUGCAGGGAACCGCCAAUGCAACAUGUCUUGCAUCAGGAAACUGGUCAUCACCAUCGCCCAAUUGUCAUCCGAUCCAGUGUCCGCCUCUGUUCCUGGAAGAUCCCCAUCUCAGUCUGGUCGAGCUGAAUACUUCCGCCUGGGGUCGAGCGGUCUUCCGUUGCGCUUGGGGCUACCGUCUCAGUGGACCGCCUGGGCUUGAGUGCGAACCAAACGGCCACUGGAGUGGCCCAAUUCCAAGAUGCCGCGCGAUUCAAUGUCCGCAACCAUUGGUGCCGAUCAACGGCCGGAUAGAUGGAACCAGUGGGCUGAACACGUUUGGCCAGCGUCGUUACGCCGUCGGAGCGCUUGUAACAUUCAGUUGUACCGAAGGCCAUCUGCUCGUUGGGGAAGCAUCGAUUGUGUGCACCGAAACCGGCUUCUGGUCUCAUCCACCCCCCUUCUGUAAGGCCCAAUGUCCGUAUCCGGGAGAUCCACCGAACGGUUUGAUAGCUCCACUUAAAUUCCACUACGACCCCGGAGAUUACCUUACGGUACAAUGCCGGCCGGGAUUCGUCGAGCACGGAGCGAACGGUGGGCCACCGGAACGUCCCCGCUGCACUCCCGAAGGGGACUGGUCCGGACCAGUUCCCCAGUGUCGAAGCUACGAGGAGAUAUAACUAUACCAGCACCGGCGGCUGCCCAGCACUGGGUAAGGUACUUAUUUGUGAUAACAGUGGAGUAUAUACAGGACGCUCUUGUGUGACAAGAGACAGGUUAGAAUUGCCAUCAGCAGAUACAAAUACAAAAUGGUUUGGUGUUUUUUAUGAGAGUACAACUUGAAACGGUUUAACCCUGUAGAGAAAACAAAAAGCGUAGCACUUGAAGCCAUCCAAAAGACACAUGGUACUGUACCUUAGUAGUUUCCCGUGUGGUGCGAGGUCACGGUCCGAAAGCAAUUUUUCGACGAAUUUACUUUCAAUUAGUAACCGUAACUGUUACGCCACUAGUCCUAGAACGUAAUCAGUUGUUUGUAAAUAUGAUGCUGACACAAAGCUCGUAACCAGUUGAGGAUCUAAUUCAUUCCCACCUUAUACAAGUUCAUCGAUCCUUCGUCGAAAUUUAUCUUGAUCAAUCAAAUCAUAUCUUGUCUAUAGAAUUGUCUAACUGGAAACAGGAAGAAAAACAGUGUAUGUACUUAAAUAAACCGUUAGAUCCCAGCGAUCACAGCACAUUACUUACUACUACAGCAUUUGCAGCUGCUUUUCUCACAUUUCCAAGCACGAUGUUUUACCACCUCCCGCCCCCAAACGUAUAACCCAAAAGUUAUCACUCAGAAUCAAUACAUCCAACAAAGUAGGAGUGAAUAUUGAAAAUGUUGAAAUGUUUGAAGGUGAAGAAAUGUGUAUACAAAUGAAUUGAACAUCGUUAUCGAUAAGUUGUCAACUGUUAUGCAGACACCAAGCACGAAUCGGUAGGAUCUUCUUAUACCUAUCCAAUGUAGCUAUAACGAAUCAAGCCAAAUAGUGUAGAGUUACUAUAUCUCGUGUAUUCGCUGAAUGCUGCGUAGGUUUACUUCUGGUACCAAACUAGUCAUUUGGUAUUUUCUUUUUUCUAUUCUAUAAACCCUUACAAAUAGACUCUCAUAAACAAAUCGCCUCUCAAUGAUUGACCUACAGCACUUCAUGUCACACUUUAUUCACGCUGGCUUGAUAACUAUAGCCAUAAUAGCCAUAAGUUCUGUCGUUUGGAAAUUUAUAGCUCGAGAACAAAACGAGAUGAAAACUACAUUUUCAUUGAAAGUAUAAAACUAUCUAAAAUCAACAUUUUUGGCCAAAUUUUUAAAAUGGGCUUCCCUAUUCUUCACGCAGAGUCUUAAACAGUUGAACCAACCGUCAAUCGCUGCACGGAUUGUUGCAAGUGCGAGUUCGUGGGCUGCCUUCUCGAUAAAAUUCUUUAGCGAUUGCAAAUUCCGAUUGAAAUUUGCACAUGCAAGCUCCGCCAACUUCAUCUAAAGUAAGUAAUCCAGUGGAUUGAGAUCUGGGCUACCGGAUAGCCAAUCAUUUGUACACUAAUUGUUCAUUAAUAGAAAGCGAUUUGAGCAGCUCGUAGAACUGUUUCGCCGUCCUCCAGCUUCUCAAUAACACGACAGCUGCCACACGCUCCUCGUGCACACCGAACUUCACUUCACUACUACUACAUGAAAAAACGGAGAGUAAUAUACCUGCUGGAAGAGGCAAAAAUUUAUUACCAAUUGAACAUGACUUUGCCGAGCCCAGCCCACAAAUACAUUGCUGGUUGCAUUUUUUCCGAAUAAUAGAGAAUUUGAUUUUCAUAGAUAACUGUUUUUUUUUAAUAUGUGUUUUUUUACCUCCGCAGAGGAAGCGUCAUUUUAUGCAAAAAAAUGUUUCUAACGUUGUUGAUUUACUUAUUUAAACCCAAUUCGCUCUGCAGAAAAUUCUAUUUUCGUUAAAUACUUACCAUUAUCUAUAUAAAUCGUCAAAAUAGUCCAAUUCCCCGAUCCCCGAUCUUUAUUUUAUUGUAUUCGUUCCUGUCCAAACAUCAAUGUCAUGGGGAGAAAAAAAAUUGAAUUUUUCAAAAACUUUGAGGAAUGUUCGAAAAAAAACCCUCAUAGUUCUACAACGAUCGUUGUUAGUCCAAUUGGAUUUCGCGUUUGCGGAAUUAAGCUUCGUGUUCCGUUGGUGUGAAGCGAAAAUGGUAAUGGAUUCUCAGGUGGGUUAACACGCUUUGAAAAUUUAAAUUAUGAAUGAAAAUUUACUUUUUUGAAUCAAACAUGUAUUCCAUGUAACGGAAAAACAUUUUAUUUGCAAGUGAAUCAAGAAUCUUGAGCGAAAAUUGUGUCUGGAAAUAAAUUUAUAUUACGAGUUUUGGUAGAAGUUUUUAUAGUAAGAAAAAAAUUGUGAAUGGUCAAUUAAAAGAUCAAUCAAUGAAGAGUUCUGCAAUCGAACCCACUAACGUUCGCUUAGUAAGAAAACGAGAAUAUUCGAAAAAAAUUAUACCAUAAACUCAAUUAUGGGCGGGACAAAGUUUGCUGGGUAAGCCAGUGAAAAAAAUAUUGCUGGUGAAAAACUACUUGUUCAAAUCUACCACUUUUUGCUAUGCAUUUUGUUUAUGUUUGCUUCAUUUAAACUCGAUGUUAAAUUCAGCUUCGAUGUCCCGAGUAGAGAAAAUUCUUCGUGUGCGGCCGUUUCGCUUCACGUUCAUUACUUUCAUUCCCUACAUUGAAACGAAGUUUUCAAUAGACCCUCUCAAAGCGAAUUGAUACAUUCAUUUUUUCAAGCUGGUUAUAUUCAAAUGAAAUUUUCGUUGAUAUAUUCGAAACUUACUCACUGAAACAAUUAUAGUCUCUUUUUAUAAUAAAAUUUGUUUUUGAGGCAGAAAUUUUGCAAAAUGAAUGUGUCCGGCAUCUUUGAAAAAAUAAGAAUGAGUCGGGAAAAACGGACACUUGAAGGGAAAGAUGGACACUAACUGAAAAGUUAUAUUUUGAAAUUCAAAUUGAUGUACUCAAUAAGUGGCGGACGUCAAAUAGGCCUUAGAAAUGAAUGAACAAAAAGGCUUGACUAAAAUCACAUAGAAGGCCUUGUAAUUUUUUUCAUUUUUUUAAUGUCUAUAUUAUAUAUAUUUUUAUAUAUUUUCGUAACAGUUGACAAGUUAUCGUAUACGUGAAAUGCAAAAAAAUCGUAUUAUACUUUUUUCAACUUAUUCACCACGAUCAAUCAUAUAAUUAACUUUAUAACAGAAUUGAGAUGAAAGAGGGUAAAUCAAAUACAUUGUCGAAUACGCUUAUGUUUCGAAUCUUCGAGCAGAGAAAUUGUAUAUCACUCGAACACGAUGAGAACCUAUUGCUAUUGUUACUGUAAAAUCAAUUAUUACUACAAGGAUUAUAAAAAUACAUGUAUACACAAUC